AUGGCCGCGGAAGCAGCGGAGCCGCCCUCUCCCCCGCCGCCGCGGACCGGGGAGGCGGACGCGGAGACUCCUGCGACGCCUGGGAAGCGCGCGCCGGCGGACCGGGACGAGAAGGAGCAGGAGGGAGCGGAGCGGCCGGAGCCGAAGCGGCGGCGCGCCCGCGCGCGCAUCGCGGCGCUCGACAGCGUGCCCCGCGCGUCGGAGGUCGCGGCCGCGGCCGCGGCUGCCGCUGCCGCUGCGGCGAGCAGGAAGGACGAAUCCGUGGGCGGCUGCGACGGAGUAGAGCCGUCCUUCUCGUUCCACGCGCGGAGCUUCUCCAGCGCGCAGACCACGCCCAAGUUCGGGUCCUUCAACCCCGGCGCCACCACCACCGUCGCCGCCGCCGCGGAGCUCGUGGCGUUCCACCUGAUGAAGGCCUCUCGAUGUCGCGUGGAUUCUUCGGCGACGGAAGAGGCGGGGGAUCACAGGACGGUUGCCGGCGGCGGCGAGGAAGCGGCGGCCGAGGGCAGCGAUGAGAAUUCACGCUAG